AGUGUACCCCUUCCACAACUUUACGCAGUAAAAGUCAUCAAGGCGUAGCAAGCCAAUGGUCAUGGAGGUUCGCGUCCGGCGCUUGUCGGCCACGACGGAGGACGAGCCGAUGGAGCUGGCAGAUGAGUCGCAGGUGGUGGUGGUGACGCCUGGCCAGGUGAUCAGCACGGAUACAGGAGCAUUUCUGCGUGGCCACGGAACAUACUUGAGCGGACGCAACGAGCUGGUGGCCAGCGUGGCCGGCGUCGUGGAGAAGGUGAACCAGCUUAUCACGGUGCGGCCGCUCGUCUCGCGGUACAUUGGUGAAGUGGGCGACAUCGUGGUGGGCCGUGUGACGGAAGUGGCCAGCAAGCGCUGGAAGGUGGACGUGAACGGCCAGCAGGACGCCAGCCUCAUGCUCAGCUCCGUGACGUUACCAGGCGGCGCCCAGCGCCGGCGCACGUACGCCGAUCAACUGCAAAUGCGAGCCUUCUUCGUAGAGAACGACCUCAUCUCGGCCGAGAUCCAGGAGGUCCGCUACGACGGCUCACUCAGUCUGCACACGCGCAGUCUGCGCUACGGCAAGCUGGAGAACGGCCAGUUCGUGGCCGUGGCGGCCCCGCUAGUAAAGAGGAUGAAGCAGCACAUGGCCACUCUCCCAGGCAUCGGCAUCGACGUGAUUCUCGGCACCAACGGAUAUAUUUGGGUGUCCAGGAGCAUGGCCGAGCUCGGAGGUGAUGACACGACCAGCAACAUGGAGACACGAGUCGAAGUGCUCACGGCCAAGAGACAGCUACACGCGGCCACACCCAUGAGCGUGGAGGACCGUCGGAAGAUCGCACGUGUCUCGCAGGCACUACUGAAGCUUAAUGAACAGUUCCGGAUGAUCACACCCGACAGUAUCAUGGCCACGUACGAACUGUUAGAAGCGCAAGGUAAAUAGAUGAAUGAACAAGGUUGCAUUACUACGA